CGCCAAUCAGAAAUUUGAAGGAUUGAAUGGCGAGAAAAAUACGCGCGAAAUUAUCACAAAUGUGUAAUUAUGGAUUAUAUACCUAAAGAAAAAUUUACUGUUAAACCAGAAAUAAGUAUUCUUAAAGAAACUUACCCUCAUGAUGUACAAUUAUAUAAAAUACCACCAACAGGUGAAAUUUCAUUGCUCGAAUUUCAAGACUAUGCUUUGGAAAGACAAAAAGUUUUACAGUUACUUGAACUUAUACUUACCCAACAACACUCAACACUUGAAGAAACCAAAUUAGCAUUUACAAAUUUAUUAAGAAAAGAAGGCUAUUAUCAGUAUGCAAAGCUGUUGAAUGCACAGGGUUCUGAUUCUAAUAAUGAAGAUUUAGAAGCAAGACGAAAAGAUCACAUAUCCCAUUAUGUAUUAAGAUUAGCUUAUUCUUUAGAAGAAGAUUUACAGAAUUACAUGCUCGUUCAUGAAACAGAAUUUUUCAAAUUAAGAUUUGCUUCAAUGAAUAAAGAAGAUCUUAGUAAAUUUUUAAUUACAAGUGGGAUUCAUUAUUCGCAAAUUUCACAAGAGUUUAAAGAGCAAAAUAGAGAAAAUUUACGUGCAUCAACUGUAUUCACUGGUGAUUUUGAAAAUAUGGAUUUUUAUGAAUUACCAUUUGAUGAAGUUGUUGAUUUGAUAAAUGAUAGAAAAGUAUAUGUACAUCGUGGAAUUGCAUAUGUUCCUCAAAGUGAGUUCAUUAGUGUAUUUGUUACACACUUUCGAAGUAAUUUAGCUGUAGAAUUAAAUAGAGCUAAAAAAUUUGUUGUUACAAAUCUUAGUGAUGAUAGGUUACAGCAUUUUAUAAAAAAUCUUCCAGACUGUUUUUCAGGAAUGUCAAAAGUAGUUUGGUCAUCAGAAAAUACACCAAUUUCCAAAUUAAAUGAUUUGUCAAAGACGUCUUAUCCACUCUGUAUGAGAAUAAUGCAUGAACAUUUGAAAACAAAUCACCAUCUAAAGAAUACAGGACGUUUACAAUAUGGAUUAUUUUUAAAAGGUAUAGGGGUUACUUUAGAUGAUUCUAUUGAAUUUUGGAAGAGUGAAAUGACAAAAAAGGAAGAUAUAAAUGAAGAUAAAUUUAAUAAACAGUAUUUGUAUCAAAUACAGUAUAAUUAUGGUAAAGUCGGAAGACGUGUUAAUUAUAGACCUCCUGGUUGCACUAAAUUGGUAGUUGAUCCUGUUGGACCAGGAGAAAUUCAUGGUUGUCCAUUUAAACAUAUGGACAUAGACGAACUUACAAAAAAACUUAUAGAGUAUAAAAUAUCUCCAUCGGAUAUUCAUGAAAUUAGUAAGUAUGCCACUGAAGGUCGUUAUAAUUUAGCUUGCACAACGUACUUCGAGAGUACACAUAAGAAAUACCCUGAAAAAAUAUUUUUUCAUCCAAAUCAGUAUUUUGAACAAAGUCGAUUAAUAUUAAAUAAAAAUGAAAUAAAAGAAGAAAAUACUAUACAGGAUAAGUACGCGGAAUUAUCUCCGGAGAAUAUUUCACAAUCAGCUAAAAUAAAAGUUGAAAAAAAUAUAAACACAAGUAAUUCCACUACACCAUCUAAAACAAUUGAAAGGAAAGUUAAAACGAUAGAUAGAAAAAUGGGAAAGAUGGAUUCAUUGAACAUUGCAGCACUAUUAAACGAUGAUAGCGAUUGAGUGUAUAGUUUUUGUCAACUUUUUGUUUUUCUUUCUAAACAUGUAUAAUUUAUACUU